AUUGGGUGCACCUGGCAGUGUCCCGAGCCUCGUAGGGGCGGCCCCUCCUCCUGCCCCAGACCCGCCCCCCGGGCCUCUCCUCUCCACCCCGCAGGUCCCGCACGCCGUCGCCGAGCUCCCCCCACCUGGCCCGCGAUUCCUCCGCCCUUCGCUCCAGCCGGCGCUCAGACGCCCGGGGCGCUCUGGCCGAGCGGGCGGUGCGCUAGGGGGAUGCGCUCCAUCAAGGCUCUGCGGAGCCCGCUGAGCGGGGCCGGCAGUCUAUGCCGGCGGGGAGGCUGGGGUCACCCGAGCCGGAGCCCCCUCGUGGGCGGGGGCGUCCGGCACCACCUCAGUGAGGCCGCGGCGCAGGGCAGGGAGACGCCACACAGCCGCCAGCCGCAGCAGCAGGAUCAUGACUCGUCAGAGAGUGGCAUGCUGUCCCGUCUGGGCGAUCUGCUCUUUUACACUAUUGCUGAGGGACAGGAACGAAUCCCUAUCCACAAAUUUACUACUGCACUGAGGGCCACCGGACUGCAGACAUCAGACCCCCGGCUCCGGGACUGCAUGAGCCAGAUGCGCUGCAUGGUUCGAGAGUCCAGCAGUGGUGGCCUCUUGGACCGAGAUCUCUUCCGAAAGUGCGUAAGAGGCAACAUCGUCCUCCUGACCCAGGCCUUCCGAAAAAAGUUCGUCAUCCCUGACUUUGAGGAGUUCACAAGCCACGUGGACCGCAUCUUUGAGGACACCAAAGCGCUCACUGGAGGCAAAGUUGCAGCCUACAUCCCUCAGCUGGCCAAGUCAAAUCCAGACCUGUGGGGCGUCUCCCUGUGCACUGUGGACGGUCAGCGGCACUCCGUGGGCCACACAAAGAUCCCCUUCUGCCUGCAGUCCUGCGUGAAGCCCCUCACCUAUGCCAUCUCCAUAAGCACCCUAGGCACUGACUACGUGCACAAGUUCGUGGGCAAGGAGCCCAGCGGCCUGCGCUACAACAAGCUGUCCCUCAAUGAGGAAGGAAUCCCCCAUAACCCCAUGGUCAAUGCUGGUGCCAUUGUGGUGAGCUCCCUGAUCAAGAUGGACUGUAACAAAGCAGAGAAGUUUGACUUUGUCUUGCAGUAUCUGAACAAAAUGGCUGGGAAUGAAUACAUGGGUUUCAGCAAUGCCACAUUCCAGUCAGAGAAGGAAACAGGGGAUCGGAAUUAUGCCAUCGGCUAUUACCUAAAGGAAAAGAAGUGCUUUCCUAAAGGGGUGGACAUGAUGGCUGCCCUGGAUCUCUACUUCCAGCUGUGCGCCGUGGAGGUGACCUGUGAGUCAGGCAGUGUCAUGGCAGCCACCCUGGCCAAUGGCGGGAUCUGCCCCACCACAGGCGAGAGCGUGCUGAGCGCCGAGGCAGUGCGCAACACCCUCAGCCUGAUGCACUCCUGCGGCAUGUAUGACUUCUCCGGCCAGUUUGCCUUCCACGUGGGCCUGCCAGCCAAGUCAGCAGUGUCAGGAGCCAUCCUCCUGGUGGUGCCCAAUGUCAUGGGAAUGAUGUGUCUGUCACCUCCACUGGACAAACUGGGGAACAGCUAUAGGGGUGUCAACUUCUGCCAAAAGUUGGUAUCUCUCUUCAAUUUCCACAACUAUGACAACCUGAGGCAUUGUGCUCGGAAAUUAGACCCACGGCGUGAAGGGGGAGAAGUUCGGAACAAGACUGUGGUGAACCUGUUAUUUGCGGCCUCUAGUGGAGAUGUCUCAGCUCUUCGAAGGUUCGCCUUGUCAGCCAUGGACAUGGAACAGAAAGACUACGACUCCCGCACAGCCCUGCAUGUUGCUGCAGCUGAAGGACACACUGAAGUUGUUAAAUUCCUGAUUGAGGCUUGCAGAGUGAACCCUUUUGCCAAGGACAGGUGGGGCAACAUCCCUCUGGAUGAUGCUGUGCAGUUCAACCACCUGGAGGUGGUGAAACUGCUCCAAGAUUACCAGGACUCAUACACACCAUCUGAGACUCAGGCUGAAGCAGCAGCUGAGGCCCUGUCCAAAGAGAACUUAGAGAGCAUGGUGUGAGCAUGGGGCACACACAGUUCCUGCACGAGAGAAAACACAAGCUGGCGACACACUUAACACAGAACCACCAAACAUGCUACAGAGGGCCGUGCUGCUUCAGUGGGGACCAAGACUUAGACCAGUGCUUUCAGUGAGUCAAAAUACCCCAUUCCCUUGGCAGACAGAGUAUAGACAAGUGCCUUUGUGGACACCUGCAGUAGAGCUAUCCGUGGAGAUUGUGGGCUUCUUCAAGGCUUAGCCCACUCCAGAUCAUCCCAGGUCUUCACGCAAGUCCCCUCUUCCUCUCUCUGAAGAAGCCAUUGAGAGAGAAAGAUAUUCUGGUAAGGGGCUGUAGCCACCAUGCACACAUAUAUGUCCAAAGAGGAAGAGGAGAGCUAUGCACCAGGCUUUAGUAGUCUGGAGAGACCUGCCCCGCCGGGGCCAGCAAGUGCUGCUGCUACUGCUAACAGCAAUUUUAUAGACAGAGAAAGUAUUUUGUGCUCAAAUGAACUUUAAUUACA